CUGCGCGAAGCCCAGUGGACGAUCGCAGCAGCGCAAGUCCCGUAAAAAAAAUCCGCACUCCGUUAUACCGUAGUAUGGCAUCCAGGAGAAUGGAGACCAAACCAGUGAUAACCUGCCUUAAAACGCUCCUCAUUGUCUAUUCCUUCGUGUUUUGGAUCACGGGGGCCAUCCUCCUCGCUGUGGGGGUAUGGGGGAAGCUGAUGCUGGGGCCCUACAUCUCCCUCAUCGCCGACAACUCCACCAAUGCCCCCUACGUGCUCAUCGGCACCGGCACCACCAUCAUCGUCUUCGGCCUCUUCGGCUGCUUCGCCACCUGCCGCGGCAGCCCCUGGAUGCUGAAGCUGUAUGCCAUGUUCCUGUCCCUGGUCUUCCUGGCAGAGCUAGUGGCUGGAAUCUCUGGCUUUGUUUUUCGUCAUGAAAUAAAGGGAACCUUCCUGCGGACCUACAGUGACGCUGUGCAGAACUACGACGCCAAGGAUGAGAGGAGCCAGGCCGUGGACCACGUGCAGCGCAGCUUACGGUGCUGUGGAGUGUUGAACUACACCAGUUGGUUCACCAGUGUCUACUACCCCACCAGCGGCAUCCCGUCCAGCUGUUGCGCCGACCAGUCGGAUUGUAGCCCUCAGGACUUGCGUAACGCCACUGCUGCCCCCAGCAAGGUUCAUCAGCAGGGCUGCUACGAGCUGGUGACCUCCUUCAUCGAGACCAACAUGAGCAUCAUCGCCGGGGUGGCGUUCGGCAUCGCCUUCUCACAGCUGAUUGGCAUGCUGCUGGCCUGCUGUCUGUCCCGGUUUAUCACUGCUAAUCAGUAUGAGAUGGUGUAGCAGUGAGAGCACAGGAUGAAGCGACGUCAGACGCCACCUGGAGGCCCCCGAGGGGACGCGCGCCGAAUGCUAGUACACUCCAUCUUCAGCUAACUUUCCUUUUAGCCCCUCCCUGUUCUCCCCCGUGUGCCUCUCAUCUUUGUUAACUUCCUGUGCAUCAUUCCUUAACAUGCGAUUGUGCAAUGAGGACAGGCUUUCCUUUCUGGGCUGAGUUUGCCGAUGCACGCUCAGUGCUCCUUCUGCAUUGGCUGUAAGGGCACGACCCCCCCAUCGCUGACAGGCAUAGAGAAUGGUACAGUCCACACUACAUCUCCGAAGCAUUAAGCAUAUUUAUAAUAACAUUUAAAAAGCGAAUCCAAAAAGUACCAGUCCUUUUCUGUUCAUAAUAUUUUGCUGUCCAAAAUAAAAAUAAUUCUGAUGAUUUAUUGAUAAUUGAAGAUUUAAAAAAUAAAGCUCCAUUUAAAGUUUUUAGUGAUGACUUGUAAUCCUGGAUGGAAAAUGAUAUUUUUUUCUUAUUGACAUUUUCUGCAUCUGCUUCUGCUGCUAUAAGGACCAUGUUUCAUUAUCCAGUUUAAACCUUAAUAUUGCUUAAAUUGAACUGGUGCAGGUUGCUUUCUUUCAGUGUGUUUAUUGCCUCUCUGAUUUGAACUGUCUUUCUUUCAUUGCUCCAGUACUUCAGUGUUCUCUCCCCACUGCCUUCAGAGUGUUUUGUGUGGGUUUUCUUUAUAUAUAUGGCUUAGAUUAGCCUGAAUUGCAUGUUUCACCUCCCAUUACUGAUUGAUCAGAAUUGUAAGUGGGCAAAUAAGAUUUUUUUGCACCUAAAUUUGUGUCUGUAUUACACACAGAUGCAGUAUUUUACACCACACAUUGCACAGUCCAGCUGUACCUGUAGAAGGCCACAUGCCUGUCAGGUGACUGACUGUACGGGCAAUCUUAUGGCUUCAUGGUGAUUGUAGCGAGGAAUGUCCUCUCUUUUCACAUCUGCUGUUCAUGAUUGUUGAGUAACAGAGAGUGACAGUCAGUGUGAUUAUCAAGAUCCUUUAACUACUGGAUGGAUUUGGCAGGAGAGUGGAUUCACCAGAGAUGGCUGUUAUUGCCAUACUGUAAUAGCUAGCCAUGGAACAUGCUAAGCAUUUGCCAAGCUCUGCACAGAAUGAGUAAACUUCCAGAGUACCGCAGUUACAUUUCUAGGCCCUGUAAGACCAGCCUACGGACCUAUGGACAGAAGUGCUCUUGCAAUCUGACACGCAUUCAGUGGAAACCUCGGACAUGAGUGUUAUUUAGCAAAUUCAGCACAUUCAUUUUGGUCAGAGUCAGCAAUAUAUUUUCUUUUCGUUCAAUACCCCCCCCACACACACACACACACUCACGCAGAAAGUCAAGGAACUCAGAACCUGUAAGGCAUUGAGGCACUACUGGGGAGAACACCAAAGUCACUGGCAAAGUAACUACUGUAACAUAACCGUGCUGUGAGUAGCUCAGGCCGGAAGACGACGAGCAGCCCUUUGAGUCUCUGUGUUCGUGUUUAUUGCCUUGUUUUGGAGUUGUGAUGGCAGCCAAAGCUGCUACAUUUGCGUCGUUGGAUCAAUAUUAGAAUUCAGCCUGGAAAAUACACUGUAGGUGAUAAUCCACGUAAUCUGCAGUGGGACAAAACAAAUUGGGACUUUGUAUGAAAAAUGACUUUUUAACAAUCAGCACCAGCUAGCAUGCCAAUAAAGUCUGUUGAUAUUGUAAACUAUUGUGAUCUCUGUAAUAAUAAAUGGUUAUUAGAAGUUUCCCCAUUG